AUAAAGCAAGAUGGCGUCUGACGGUGAAGACGUUAUUGCAGUCGUCACAGUUCAGUGUUCUUAAUCUGUGCGUCCAUGUACACAUAUAUGUCCUUUAUUACACUCUAUUAAAUAGAGUCAUAAUAACUGUUUGUAUAUUAGUCUGAGCGCACUUUGAUGCUUCUAGAGCUAGCUUAGCUUGCUAGUUAGCUUAGCUUGUUAGCUGCUAACAAAGAGAGAUGAAAACACAUCGCUAAGCAGAGAUCAAGUGUGAGUGUAAAGUGUUGUGAUUGUGUGAAAAUGUGCGAAAGAACCAUAGCAGAGUACGAGGAGGAACUUUGUCCAACAAAAGAGGAGAAGGAGCGACAACAUGAAAAACAUCAAGUUGUGUUACACACAACAGACAUCCAUCAGCUGAUUGAACACCAAGAAGAAUGUCUCCCUCAUCUGCAGGGGGACAGUUUCAUUUUAGAGGAUCCACAGCCCUCACAUUUUAAAGGGGGCGAGGAGGAUCCACAGCCCCCCUAUUUUAAAGAGGAAGAGGAGGGAGAGUGUGUUGUAGGGCAGGAGGAGGAUGAUGUCAGCAAGUUACCACUGACUGUUGUCUCUGUGAAGACUGAAGAGCAUGAAGACAAAGCACCUGAGUCCUCACAGCUUCAUCACAGUCCAAACGUUCAACAGCCCCUUCACAUUAAAGAGGAAGAGGAUGAUCCACAGCCCACCCACAUUAAAGAGGAAGAGGAGGAUCCACACAUGAAAGAGGAAGAGGGGGGAGAGUGUGUUGUAGGGCAGGAGGAGGAUGAUGUCAGCAAGUUUCCACUGACUGUUGUCUCUGUGAAGACUGAAGAGCAUGAAGACAAAGCACCUGAGUCCUCACAGCUUCAUCACAGUCCAAACGUCCAGCGGGUGUCAGCGCGGAGUCAUGAAGAGGAGUGGCACACCAGUGUGGGACAGAAGGAGCUACAGGCCCCCUCCCACAUUAAAGAGGAGCAGCUUCAUGAUGAAGAUGAAGCUCAGUCCUUACAGCUUCAUCACAGUCAAAGUGAGGAGAACAGAGGGGCGGAGCUUGUAAGUCAACACAUCACAGAAGCUGAUGGAGAGCAUUGUGAAGAUAUCAAGUCAGAACCAGACAGCAUCUUUGCUCCACUGUCAGACAUGGACCACAUGAUGUCACACUCUUCUGAUCACAGUGACCACAUCCAAAAACCUUUGGAGAGUAAAAAUGACUCUAAAGGUGAUACGAGACAUCACACUAACAACAAACACUUUGACUGCUCUGAUUGUGGGAAAUUAUUUAGAUGGAAGACUGAUUUUACAAGACACAUUAGAAUACAUACUAGAGAGAAACCUUUUACUUGCUCUGUUUGUAAGAAGAGUUUCUCCACAAAGCAAAACAUGACCACACACAUGAGAACACACACUGGAGAGAAACAUUUUAGUUGCUCUGUUUGUAAGAAGAGUUUCUCCAGCAAGGAAAACAUGACCACACACAUGAGAACACACACUGGAAAGAAACCUUUUGCUUGCUCAGCUUGUGCUAAAAGAUUCAACACUAAGAAUGACAUGAUAUUACACAUGAGAACACACACAGGUGAGAAACCUUUUACUUGCUCUGUUUGUAAGAAGAGUUUCUCUAGAAAGCAACACAUGACCACACACAUGAGAACACACACAGGUGAGAAACCUUUUACUUGCUCUGUUUGUAAGAAUAAUUUCUCUAGAAAGCAACACAUGACCAGACACAUGAGAACACACACAGGAGAGAAACCUUUUUCUUGCUCAGCUUGUGCUAAAAGAUUCAACACUAAGAAUUACAUGAUAUUACACAUGAGAACACACACAGGUGAGAAACCCUUUACUUGCUCUGUUUGUAAGAAGAGUUUCUCCAGAAAGGAACACAUGACCAUACACAUGAGAACACACACUGGAGAGAAACCUUUUGCUUGCUCAGCUUGUGCUAAAAGAUUCAACACUAAGAAGAAAAUUGUAUUACACAUGAGAACACACACUGGAGAGAAACCUUUUGCUUGCUCAGUGUUAGAAUAAUUAUGUAUAUAUUAACACACUAACUUUAGUAUGCUUAAAGUUUGUCGCUUUAGUUAUUAGUUAUUGUGCUCAAGUUAGACUUUUCUAUUUUGUGCAAGGACAAAAACUUCUUGUCUGAGGGGUGGCCUCAGCCACAGAUGUUUUCUUUGUUUUAGCCCGCUAACAGCCAAGGACUUCAAGGACCUCAACGAAGAUAAGACGACAGCACGCAGACGAAGCAGAGACUUUAAGGACCUCAAUGAAGAUAAGAUGACAACACGCAGACGAAGCGGAGACAAGGCGAAAUCACAAGGCCCCCACCACAUUCUGUCACGUAUUGUGCGUCCUGGACCUGCUUUGCAUAAUAUAUGUGACCACUCCUUUUAGAGGCGGCCUCAGUGAUGUUGACUGUGGAACUCUUGAAUAAAUAGAGGGACGCGGGAGCUGAACCUUAGAGCGUAGGGCGAGACUGUGACUACGUGUGCAGCUCCAUGUGUUCUCCUCAUGAGCUAAAUUGAACUCUGUCUAUGCAUAAUUCCUUGCUUCUUGUCUGAUUAAUAGAUGUCAUCAGUGUUUGAACCUGACACUCAGGUCGUGCUUAAAGAUUUAACACGAAGAAGGAAAUUAUAUUACACAUGAUAACACACACAGGUGAGAAACCUUUUACUUGCUCCGUUUGUAAGAAGAGUUUCUCCAGAAAGCAAAACAUGACCACACACAUGAGAACACACACUGGAGAGAAAUCGUUUAGUUGCACUGUGUGUGAUAAGAUGUUCAGGUAUAAGUAUCAGGCCAGUAGACACAAGUGUGUAACAGUCAUGGAAGCCGCAGGGAUUUAAAAACACUUAAAGGCCUACUGAAAUGAAAUUUUCUUAUUUAAACGGGGAUAGCAGAUCCAUUCUAUGUGUCAUACUUGAUCAUUUCGCGAUAUUGCCAUAUUUUUGCUGAAAGGAUUUAGUAGAGAACAUCGACGAUAAAGUUCGCAACUUUUGGUUGCUGAUAAAAAAAGCCUUGCCUGUACCGGAAGUUGCGUGACGUCACAGGUUGAAAGUCUCCUCACAUCUGCACAUUGUUUACACCAGCAGCGAGAGCAAUUUGGACUGAGAAAGCGACGAUUACCCCAUUAAUUUGAGCCAGGAUGAAAGAUUCUUGGAUGAGGAAAGUGAGAGUGAAGGA